AUGCUCAAAACAUACCCCAACUACCGCUCGACCCAGCAUCAAGGUGUUAUCCAAGGUCCCAAUGACCGACGCUUGAUCCGCCGCAUGACCUGGCGCUCUUCGACAUACCGACUGAUAGCCUCGUUAUGGGUAUUGGGCGUGCUUUACAGUUUCUGGUUGAUUCGGGACAUCUUCUACCUACCAUUCAAUUCAUCCAAUGCUGUGAUAACUUAA